AUGCCCAUCCUUCCACGACAAUCCAACGAGCCACCAAUGGACUCCCGCUUCAAGUUCCAAAUAGUCACCGGCGUCAUCGCUGCAGCGAUAGUCAUGGCUGUCGGUUUUGCAUGUAUCGGAGUAUUCUAUGUCUGGCGGUGGCACAAACGACGCAGUCUUGCUGCGAAAGAAGAAGAGAGCGAAACAGGCUCAACAAGAACCUCUCUUUUGCGGCGAAAGUCUACGUUCUUUGAUCGCGGGCCACCGCCGGAAGAUGAGGACGCUGAAUUCGUGUUAUGGGACUCUGAGGGCAACCAGAAGUCGCCUCGCAGAAAGAAUCGUCGCUGGCAAUCCGACGAUUCUGCUGCGGUUCCACUUAUACCUAGUAAUGGCCACGGUCCAUCUAAUGAGCAUCCAGUUGGAUCCAAUCCUGGUCCUCAAACAUACUCUCCCCAGCGACCGCCUCGUCCAGCCACCCAGCUGAUUGAUCUUCCUUCGCUCGUGCGAGAUGGUCCUCUCGUGCCAGAAGCUCCUAUACGUGCAGUCGCUGCUCUUCGACAGCCAAAGACAGGCAAGAUCGACAUUCAAGCUGUACCAUCAGUCGCUGUCGUUCAUGGGUCCUAUGACGAAGAUGAACCAUUAAACGAAACUCACCUCUCUCGUUACAUAUCAUAUUACUUUUCCCGCAAGCCCACAGUGAAACCAUCCAUUAAACGACACAAACAUCCGACCUCCCGUCCAUUACCACUCCCUCCUUCAUCUCCCAAUGACGACCUCUAUGAUGUCCCUCCUUCGGCGAUACCUGUAAAUCGACUCACUCGAUUGUUGUCUUAUUAUCUUUCACCGGCAGCGCCAAGUCGAGGCAAGGAAUCUAAUCUGACACAGGGUCAAAGAAGAAGACGAGAGGCUAUAGAUGCUGAGAACAGAUUGGAAUUGUGA